AUGGCAACAUCAUUCUUCGACGCAGUUGGGAGCCAAGACGAUUUGCGGAACUACACCUGUACAGUGCUCAACGGUGAAAACACCACAGACAUCGUCGAUAGCGAAGGGCCCGACGACGACAUCAUGGGUCCUCGUUACCGCAAGCGCGUCCGCAUCGUCAUCAUAAUCAUCAUGAUCGUAACUUCCGUCAUCGGCAACACCGUCGUCUGCUGGAAGCUCGUCGUUCAGCGGCAUCACCGGCGGCUCUCGAAAGCUCGCGUGCUGUUCCUGAACCUGGCCGUGGCGGACCUUCUCGUCGCCUGCGUCACGAUGACGUCGCAGGUGGUGUGGGAAGUGAUGGGACGGCUGUGGAUCGCGGGCGACGCCUUCUGCCGCUUCUUCAAGUUCCUGCAGACUUUCGCGCUCGUCUCGUCCACCUACAUGCUGGUGACGAUCGCGGUGGACAGGCACAUCGCCGUUGCGACACCGCUGGCGCCCAGCCCCGACCCCUGGAGGCUGGCAGCCAUCACCUGGCUAGUUUCGUGCACGCCGUCGCUGCCCAACGUGUACGUGUUUCGCACCGUCGAGGCGGCGCCCGGAAAGCGCUUCUGCGCAUCCAUCUUCUACGAGCGCGGCACGCCGCUCUACCACCGCCAGAUAUACAUGGGCUUCGUGUUCUUCAUGGUGUUUCUGGCGCCUCUCGUGCUUCUGGUGACCUUCUACACGGGAAUCCUGUGGGCCAUCUGGAAACACAGCUCGGCAAGCGGCAAAGUGGGCCAGCAGACGGCAUCUUCUUUGCCGCGAGCCAAGGUGAAGACGCUCAAGUUGACGGCGGUGGUGUUCGGUGCCUUCCUUGUGACCAACGUGCCGUACAUGGUCCAAGAGGUCAUCCUCGCUCUGGGGCAGCCGGGCAUACUGGACGCCAACGUGCUGGCGCUGUUCGGCGUCAUCUCGGCCUCCAACAGCGCCAUCAACCCGUACAUCUUCCUCUACUUUGAGAAGAGACAGCGUCGGGACUCGUGCGGUUUCGUAGGCUCGCUGCUCAAGGGACUGCCGUGCUUAGGUCGCAGGCUCGCCUCGAGGCACCGCGGCAGCCAACAGAUGGUGAAUCUGACCGUCACCUACUCGAGCAGGCACUCGCGGACUGUGACGACGGCCAACUGCGAAUCGGUCUCGUGUUCCGAGAGGACUCACUCUUGAUAGCGCUCUUUGGUGAUCGAGGGAAGUUCGGAGCCUGCAUUCUUGGCCUUAGGGAUCCAACCGUGUGCUGUAGACACCGAAAAUCGUUCGUUUACUUUGCAUUGCGUGCACAUUAAAGAACCCCAGGUGGCCAAAUGAAUUUGGACACACCGCUACGACCUGCCUCAUUAAAGGAUCGUUAUUUUGGCAUGGAUAAUCCCAUAAUUAAAUUGUUUAUACCCACGGUUACAAUCAAGGCACACAACGUAUGGUUUCAAUACGUAACGUAUAUUUUUAACAGGACGGUAGAACCCACCGUUACCGGUACCGCCCCCCACCGCCUGCAGCUGUCGCAUGUGGGCUGAUCAGCUUUACGCAAGCAUCCGGAAGGGUCGGCGCGGAAAAGCUAGCAUUCACGAGCGGCGGCAGGUAGUCGGAACGGUGUACGAUAAUCAGUUUCACGACGCUAAACCUGUGUAAUCUGUGGUUCCGUGAGAUUCCUGAGAAUGUACGCUAUUUCCAUCGUGUGUGUCUUCGUGCGCUGAUGGACUGUCACCUCGUUCAACUACGGUGAUCGGAACUUCCGAGUAAACGGUAGCGUCUCGGUAUGUUUGCUCAAUUUUCACACAGGGAAACAGCAAACGGUAAUCGUGGAAAAACAUUGUGUGUUGCAUUUGUGCUUUCCUCGCGACAAUAUAUAGUCCUGUACCUGAGUUUAACAGCAAACGAGAAAUAAACACAUCUGAAACCUGAAACACCCUGA